CCUGAGACUGAGAGGUCAAACUAUUUUGGCCUUAAACUUGAUGAUAUUAAGCUUUGCAUUCUUAAUCUUAUAUUGUUUCAGCACUUUUUAAUUUGCAUCAAAUUACAAUAUUCGGCCAUUAUAUUGACGUUUUGAAAUCUUUUUCGACCCUGUUUACAUUGUCUUAGGAAAAGUAUAGGCUUGACUAGUUUGGGGUGAGUCUCCACUCGCUUUUCAGAGAAAAGUGAGUCCCAAAGGUGAAUUGUUAUGACAGGAGGUGAAUCCGCUCCUGGUGAUUUCCAUGAGACAGGUGAAUCUAUGACUGGUUCCCAACCUCAGGGAUUUGCUGGACUGGCGAGUUAACGUCGAGUGCCUGAGGAGGGGGGUCCGGGCAUAAACUUGAUAGCUGCAUUAAAACAAUGAAAUGUCAAAUGAAGCCGGCGGCUAUUUCUUGCACCGAUGGAUCCAGCAUUGCUGAAGGAGAGAGAAGCUUUCAAAAAGAGGGCGCUAGCACAACCAUCAGUCGAAAAGAGAAAGGCCCAGAAAAGAACUGAAAAUGAUCGCAGUACUAAGAAGGCACGGCCAGCGCCAAAACCUAAAGCCGAUUUUAACUACAAGGCAAUGCAAGGAAGUUCACAGUUUAAGUUUGGAAUAUUGGCAAAAAUAGUUAAAUAUAUGAAGCAACGGCAUCAACAGGGAGACACUUAUCCAUUAUCAAUUGAUGACAUUCUUGACGAAACAAAUCAACUUGAUGUCGGAGCACGGCAUAAACAAUGGCUAUUGACCGAGGCCCUCGUCAACAAUCCCAAGAUCAACGUCGUGGAUGACAAUAAGUUUGUCUUCCGCCCGAAGUAUAACAUCCGAGACCGGAGGGGGUUAAUGCGAUUGCUGGAGCGGAAUGACCUGAAAGGAUUGGGUGGUGUUUUGAUGGACGACGUCGAAGAGGCUGUGCCGAAAUGUGGGCGAGUUAUUCAGCAAUUGGGCAGCCAAAUCACCAAAAUCAUGCGACCCGCCGAUAAAAAAGAAAUCCUCUUCUACAACGAUAAGAGCUUUGAAUUCACAGUUGACGAGAAUUUAUAAAAUUAUGGCGAGGCGUGUCCGUAGAUGGGGUAGAUGAAAAUAAGAUAGAUGAGUACCUGGACCAGCGGGGAAUCACUACCAUGCAGGACGUCGGAGCAAAAACAGCAG